AUGGGUGACAACUCCUGUAGCGGCUCAACGCCGUUCAAGAGUCUCGUCGACCACGGCGGCCAAGACCGUAGCCUCCACCAGGAUCGCUUUUCCACCACAUUUGCUAGUCAACAUGCCUUCAGGUCUAGUGGCUCGAUGUCCUCGCCUCAAGCACAGCAUGACUUCGGCGCAUUUUCAACCACGAAUGCGCCAAGCUCUCAUUCACAGCCAAUACCUAGUCCAUCCAUAGCACCGCAUCUCGUAAACCACUAUGACGGACGCCUUUCGAUGAACAAUCCGGCCUCUACUUCCCGUUUGUCCAAUACUAUACCCUCUGUGGACGAAAGCGCGGCCCGCCGCCCAUACCACAUACCAAAUGCACCCCCAGAAGCGACAGGUUGGGCUCAGGACUUUGCAAGCUCACUUCGCUCCACAGACUUCGCGACAAACAUGAUGACAUUUCCCUCAAGGCCGUCUUUCUUUAGGCCUGUCGGAGAUCCUGGGGCACUCGUGGAAAAUGGGCCUACAAGCCACGGCGCUGACGCUGUUCAGGCUGAAUUUGACCUCGAAAUGGACAGGUGGAUGGCUGCUCAUGGGGACAGCCGAUUAGAAGAUAUUGACGCCAUCAUGGAGGAGCUCGCGCGGCAGAUGGAGCAAGAAGAAAUAACGGCUGCCCAAAACGACGACAGAACCCUUGGCAUCAGUCUUCGCGGUGAACAACUCAUGCCAGCCACCGUGGAUGGUGAGACAUCCGUAGAGGAGAAAGACCACUCUGUCCAGGCUCCCUCUGGCACAUCCCAACCCAACCAGCUCCCCGAUGUGUCGCGGCUGGGUCUCGAUGACAUGGCCGAUACAACGUCAGCCGAUCUUGCCAGCCCGGGGCAAUCAGAAAUUUCCGAGGCCGCAAGACAAAUUUUGGAAUCGGUUCAACACGAGCAAGGUGACAAGUGGAAGAAUUCGAGGUUCCUGCUGCUGAUGAGAGACUUCCGAGAUGGUUACAAGGAUAUCAUUGACAACGAAAUACUGGAAACGCAUGGCGAUGACGGUCACUUGUUGGAAAAGGUCAAAUUGACCGAGGCAUGA